AGGGCUUGUGCGCGCGUGCGCGGCGCUGGGGCCCGCGGACGCCGGCGGAGACGCGCUGCUAAUGCCGGUAGUGAGCUGCGGGCAGAGUGUCGAGUGUCGGCGGCGGUGAUCGGCGGCGGCCCCGGCGCGUUGACCCACCCUCCUCCUCCUCCUCCCCCCCCUCCCCGGAACCUUCUCUCACGCCUCGGCUUUGGAGGCGGGUUGUCCCCGGAGAAUGGACUGAAUUAUUAUCCUGGAAACCUUCCUGGAGGCUGCACACUCAGUCAGACUGUUCCUGGGAACUGUAGGCUGCUGGUGAAAUUAUUUAGUGGGAUGGAGCUGGCCCACAGUUUAUUGUUAAAUGAGGAAGCCCUGGCACAGAUAACUGAAGCGAAGAGGCCUGUGUUUAUCUUUGAAUGGCUACGUUUCUUGAACAAAGUACUUGUGGCUGCUAAUAAGGUGGACGUGAAAGAAAAGCAGAAGAAGUUGGUAGAACAAUUGACCGAUCUGAUAAGCAGUUCACCAGGUCCUCCCACACGCAAGCUACUAGCUAAGAAUCUCGCUACUCUCUACAGCAUCGGGGAUACCUUCACUGUCUUCCAGACUUUGGAUAAAUGUAAUGACAUCGUCAAGAGCAAGGAUGACACAUCGGCCUACCUGCCCACCAAACUGGCAGCUGUGGCUUGCAUCGGGGCCUUCUUUGAGAAGAUGGGCAGAAUGUUGGGCAGCUCCUUUCCCGAAACCGUCAGCAAUCUUUUAAAGGCCCUGAAAAGUGCGGAGUCUCAGGGCCGCAGUGAGGUUCUGCUGAGUCUACAGAAGGUGUUAAAUGGUUUGGGAGGUGCAGCUGCUUCCUGCCAUCGGGAUAUCUACAAAAACGCACGUUCUGGUCUGACUGACCGAUCCAUGGCUGUACGGUGUGCCGUUGCUAAGUGCCUCCUAGAAUUGCAGAAGGAAUCUGUCUUCAUGUGGACCACAGAACUGGAAAACUUGGCUACUCUCUGCUUUAAGGGCCUAGAGGGAUCUAAUUAUGCAGUCCGUGUUGCAGUAUCCAAGUUACUUGGAACUGUCAUGGCAACGGCUUUGACACCUAAACAAGCAGCAGUGAUGCGGCAGAACGUGAAGCGUGCCACCCUGGAAGAGGUGUUGGAGCUGAUGGCGACAGGAUUUCUGCGUGGGGGAUCUGGAUUCCUGAGGAGUGGUGGCGAGAUGCUGAAAGGUGGGGUGUCGGUUAACCGAGAAGUACGAGUUGGGGUCACGCAAGCGUACGUUGUUUUUGUCACCACUCUCGGAGGGCAGUGGCUGGAGCGUAAUUUUGCCAUCUUCCUUACCCAUGUGCUGGAGCUCGUCUCCCAUCCCCGGGCCACCCAAAGCCACGUGGAAGCAGUGUAUUCUCGGCGUUGCGUCUCAUUCAUCCUUCGUGCGACUGUGGGCAGCCUGCUGGGCGAGAAGGCACAGAUUGCAGCUGCAAAGGAGAUCUGCCAGGCCAUUGCCAAACAGAUGAAGGCAGUGGAAUCUGUGAUGAAUGACGCCAAUAAUGAUAGUAAGUCGGGGGCCGCCGAUGUGUCUGCGAGCCAACAUGUGAUGGUGUGCGCCCUACAGGAACUCGGCAGCCUGGUCCAGAGCCUGAGUGCCACUGCCUCUCCUCUUCUUCAGGAACCCUCCAUCGGUCUUCUGGAGACAGUGACCUCUGUGUUGCUCCAUCCGAGUAUGGCAGCCAGGCUGGGGGCAGCCUGGUGCCUGCGCUGCGUAGCUGUCGCAUUGCCCUACCAGCUGACUCCACUGUUGGAUAGGUGCGCAGAAUGCAUCAACAAUCUGAAGACAUCACCAGAAGCUGUCACUGGAUACAGUUUUGCAAUGGCAGCAUUGCUGGGCAGCGUGCACCAGUGCCCCCUCGGAAUUCCUCACUCCAAAGGAAAGAUGGUAGUGAGCAUUGCAGAGGACCUGUUGCGCACAGCAUCUCAGAACAGUCGCUUGUCACUGCAACGCACACAGGCUGGAUGGCUUCUCCUGGGAGCACUGAUGAGCCUAGGUCCUUCUGUAGUUCGAUAUCAUCUCCCCAAGAUGCUGCUGCUCUGGCGCAAUGUGUUUCCACGUUCCCUGAAAGAGCUCGAGGCAGAGAAGGCUCGAGGGGAUUCCUUUACCUGGCAGGUGACCCUGGAGGGUCGAGCUGGUGCCUUGUGUGCCAUGAGGAGUUUUGUCGCCCACUGUCCUGAGCUUCUCACCGACGAUGUGAUUCGCAGAAUAAUGACCCCGAUUGAAUGUGCCAUGCUGAUGUUGUCUCAUAUUCUAAGUUUUUCAAAGGCUUAUGGAGCUCAGCUAAAGGCGAGUGCAGCAAUGGUGCGUUUACGACUCUAUGAUAUUCUAGCUCUUCUGCCUCCAAAGACCUACGAAGGAAGCUUCAAUGCUCUGCUUAGAGAACUAGUUGCAGAAUUUACAUUGACUGACAAUUCUGCCAACACUACCACGUCGCUACUGCGGUCACUUUGUCACUAUGAUGACAGUGUCCUCCUUGGUUCCUGGCUGCAAGAAACUGACCAUAAAUCCAUUGAGGAUCAGCUCCAGCCAAACAGUGCGUCUGGAAGUGGGGCCUUGGAGCAUGACCCAUCCUCGAUCUACCUGCGUAUCCCUGUAGGCGAAGCUGUGCCUGGUCCUCUGCCCCUUGGUGUGUCGGUCAUCGAUGCCUCUGUGGCCCUCUUUGGCGUGGUGUUUCCACAUGUCUCUUUCAACAUAGGCAAGCUCCAAAUGUUGGAUCACUUUGCUGAGUGCAUCAAGCAGGCAAAGGGUGUUCGUCAACAGGCAGUACAGAUUAAUAUCUUCACUGCUGUGCUUAGCGCACUGAAGGGUUUAGCAGAGAACAAGAGUACCCUGGGCCCUGAUGAGGUGCGGAAGUCUGCCCUGGCACUGGUUAUGGGGGCUCUUGACAACCCCAAUCCAAUUUUGCGAUGUGCUGCUGGUGAAGCUUUGGGAAGGAUGGCUCAAGUGGUUGGGGAGGCCACCUUCAUAGCCAGGAUGGCACAGCACAGUUUUGACAAGUUGAAGUCAGCUCGAGAUGUGGUGUCUAGAACGGGCCACUCGCUUGCCCUUGGCUGUCUUCAUCGUUACGUUGGUGGGAUCGGCUCAGGGCAGCAUCUGAAAACAAGCGUCAGCAUCCUUUUGGCUCUUGCUCAGGACAGCACUUCCCCUGAAGUGCAGACCUGGGCUCUUCACUCGCUGGCACUGAUUGUGGAUUCAAGUGGCCCCAUGUACCGUGGAUACGUGGAGCCCACCCUGUCGCUUGUCCUGACACUGCUGCUGACUGUACCCCCGUCACAUACAGAAGUGCACCAGUGUUUGGGUCGUUGUUUGGGAGCAUUAAUCACCACUGUUGGACCAGAGCUUCAAGGUAACGGAGCUUCCACGUCUACAAUUCGCUCUUCAUGCCUCGUGGGCUGUGCCAUCAUGCAAGAUCACUCCGAUUCCCUUGCACAGGCAGCAGCCAUAUCAUGCCUUCAGCAGCUUCAUAUGUUUGCACCACGCCAUGUCAAUCUGUCCAGUCUGGUGCCCAGUCUGUGUGUCCACUUGUGCAGCUCUCACUUGCUGCUUCGAAGAGCAGCAGUCGCAUGCCUCCGUCAGCUGGCUCAGAGGGAAGCAGCCGAGGUCUGUGCCUACGCUAUGACUCUUGCACAAAGAUCUGGGGAUAAGGAAAGCAGUGGCAUUGAUGUAAAUAUCACAGAGAUGGGCCUGGAAGGGGUACUGUUUGGAAUGCUGGACCGUGAGACUGACCGCAAGCUGUGUGCUGACAUUCAUGACACUUUGGGCCACAUGCUUUCGUCCUUGGCAGUUCAAAAGCUUUCCCAUUGGCUGAAGCUAUGUAAAGAUGUCCUGGCUGCAUCGACAGAUGCAGGUGCUGCAGGUCAGUUGGAGGGAAUGAGGGAUGAAGAUGGAGAGAAGAAGGAUGAAAUGGACGAUGAGGUUAUGUUCACUGGCACAGGCGACGAUGAAAAAUCCAAGCCUUGCGUUGCCCCGAGGUGGGCCACUCGUGUGUUUGCCUCUGAGUGUCUCUGUCGGAUCAUCCUUCUGUGUGAGAACACAGAUGAGGCACACUUCGACCUCGCCAAGGCCAGGGCCGUGAAACAGAAGAAUCCCAAAAGUGACCUGUUGGUGCUGCACCUUUCUGACCUUAUCCGCAUGGCCUUCAUGGCUGCCACUGACCACAGCAACCAGUUGCGAAUGGCCGGACUUCAGGCACUUGAGGAUAUUAUCAAAGAGUUUGCUUCUGUCCCAGAGCCUGAGUUUCCAGGCCAUGUGAUCUUGGAACAGUAUCAGGCAAAUGUUGGAGCAGCCUUGAGGCCAGCUUUUUCCCAAGAUACGCCAUCUGACAUCACUGCCAAAGCUUGCCAGGUUUGCAGCACCUGGAUUGGAAGUGGGGUAGUUAGUGAUUUAAAUGACCUGCGCAGGGUUCACAAUCUGUUGGUGUCUUCUUUAGACAAGAUGCAAUCUGGAAAAGGCUCCUUGAGCCAAUUAUACAGCGAGAGUGCUACUACAAUGGAGAAACUGGCUGUGCUAAAAGCUUGGGCAGAGGUCUACGUUGUUGCUAUGAAAACCAAAAAGGAAGCAGAGGCCAAGCCAGUGAAACCUGUGAAGAAUAAGGAAGAGGAGGAUGAUUAUGGCGCGGUGGACGAGCUCCCUCCAGAUAGCUUGAUCACGUUGGUUGAGCCAGAGCUGCCUAUUCUCAGCCGUCUCUGGCUUGCUGCACUGAAGGACUACGCUUUGUUAACUCUGCCUCCUGAAUUUGCAAGCCAGUUGCCAUCUGAGGGAGGAGCGUUCUAUACUCCAGAAACAAUCGACAGUGCCAGGCUACAUUACCGCACCUCCUGGGCUCCAAUCCUGCACGCGGUAGCGCUUUGGCUGAACAGCACGGGGUUCACUAUUGCACACGAACCUUCAGUUCACAGUGGGCAGAAAAACCAAGCGGGCACUUUUCUCAAUCAGACAUCUGGAGGUUCAACCAAAACACUGCAGGAGAUCAAUACAGACCGCCUCCAUCUUAUUUUUGGUAUUAGUAUUGAGUUCCUGUGCUCUCCUCGGCCUGAGAACCCUCUGGAACAUGUUACAUCUUGCCUGAAGGCUCUUUGCACUUUGCUGGACUCCCCCUGUGCAAUAGCAUACAUUGGAGAAGAUCAGCUGCUCAUAGUUGAGCUUUUUAAUGUAUUGCACCGUCUUUUGUUAACUUGUGGGCCUCCCUCCGUUCAACGACAAGUGACUAUGGUUGUACAGCAGAUGAUUCGAGCUGCUCAGGAUCACUUUCGAGGACUGGUGAAAAAGGCUCAUGAGGAGGACAACGUUCCUGAGGAGGACUCGUUGACCGCUCUGGGAGAAGGCGGGAAGACCGGAGGUCUGAUUCCUGGUAAAUCCAUCGUGUUUGCCGCCUUGGAGCUGCUCAUGUUCAUCUUGGUACGACACCUCCCACAACUGAAUCCUAAAGUGACUGACUCCCCCAGUCACAUUCUUCAAAAGACGCCGCCAUUGGCUGAGGAAAGUGCCCAGCUCAUUGCCAUCACUGUUUCUAUCCUGGCUGAUUUGCCGUCACUGUGUUCUCCUACAGGAAGUAUGACUGUGCUCCCCACAAUUCUUUUCCUGAUCACGGGUGUGCUGAGAGAAACGGCUGUGAAGUCGACAGAUAGCCACAUGUCAGUCCCAGCCAGUGCAGCCCUGCAGGGUAUUAAAACCAUCAUCACUUCUCCGCUGGCCAAAUCGGAACAAAUCCAUAAGCAGUGGAAAGGUCUCAUUUGCAGCUCGCUGGCUUCCAUCUUGGAAUAUUCCAAACCAGACGAUUCAAAAUCGAGCAAGGAUGAGGUGAGCAUGCUCACAGCGAUUGCCCUCUUCCUUCUGUCGGCCAGCAACGAGGUGGUUGGGAUUCCUUCUCUGCAGAACGGUUGCAUUGAGAGAUUCAGAAGUGCUUUAAAUUCCAAUGACCCCUGGGUUCAACAAAAAUGUUACCAGCUUCUGCUCUCGGUGUUCCAGCAGCCAAACCGUGCACUUUCCACCCCGUACAUCCAUGCGUUGGCUCCACUGGUGGUUGAGAAGCUAAAAGCUGUGGAGAAUCAGAAACCAAUCAAUAAUGCUGAGCUUCAGGCAGUACGAGAAGGAAUCAAAGUGCUUGAGACCCUGGUUAACCUUGGAGAGGAGCAAAACAGACCCCAGUUGCUUGCACUUUUGGUUCCCACCCUUAUCUCGUAUCUACUGAGCGAGAAGACUUUUAGCUCUGCUCCCACGACCUCUAAAGGUCUUCAUGAACUAGCGCUGCAGGAUCUUAUGCGCAUCGGUCCUCUCUAUCCAAGUGCUUUCAAGGCAGUGAUGGGGGCAGCACCCGAACUCAAAUCAAAACUGGAGGCAGCGAUCCGUGCCAGCCAAGCCAGCUCCCAAGCCAAGGCUGCAGCCCAACAAGUGAAGCCAGCAGUGCAAGCUGCUCCCACCAUCAAACUGAAGACUAGCUUUUUCUGAAAGGUGGAGAUAUUUUAAAUGACUGGAAAAUCCAUUGAACUGUUCCACCUUCCCAUUCCUGCUGUGAAAGUGAGAAUUGACUCCCUUGGUGUCUUAUGUACAGAUUUAUGGUUUCUGUUGGGAAUGUACAUUGUUCAAGAAAAAUAAAAAAAAUAUUGGA